GGCACUGAUGCGCACUGAUAGGCGACACUGACUUGCACUGAUAGGUGGCACUGAUUGGCAUUGAUAGGUGGCACUGACUUGCACUGAUGGGUGACAUUGAAAGGCAGCUCAGAUGGGCACUGAUAUGUGGCAUUGAUGUGCACUGGUAUGUGCCACUGAUGGGCACGUGGCACUGAUGGACACUGACAGGUGGCACUUCUGGGGCCACACUGAUCAUCAGGGCACAUUGAUCAUCAGUGCCCUGAUGAUCACUGUCAGCGUGACAGCUCGAGAGGAGAGAAAUGCAGAUAACCGGCAUUUCCAUGUUUACAUGUCAUCAGCUGUGAUUGGACAUAGCUGAU